GUCUCUAUUCUCUAUUCCUAGUUGUAUUAGGAGUAUCUUCUAUAUAUACUCUAUCAUGUACCCCAUAAUUCAAAGGAGCAAUAUUAUUAUUCUAAUAUUUAACACUUGGCGCCAGAGAUGGGGUGGGAGGAUGAGUUCUCCAUGUUCCUCAAUAUUUGGUGUGAAGUUUGCAGAAGCCGUCUUCGAAACAGGGUUCAGAUUCCAUGGGAGGGCAUCUUCAUGCCCCAUGAUGGGUCAGGCCGGACACAUGAUGCCGGGAUAUAUUGUGAUUGUGGAAGUGUGGGUUUGUACAAUGGGUUCCGAGAUAAGUUCCAUCAGCACCCAAUCAAGAUCAAUGAUGAGUUCACAAAGAUAUGCACCAUGACGGCCAAGGGUAUGUACCCUACGUCUCAAGGGUGUGUUCAUGGGUUUAAUGCUGGGUGGAAAGCCCUUUGCCCGUUUGGAGACGGCCGAGGCGGCGGCCAUACUUUGCAGGCUGCUGGUGGAACAAUCCAAUUCUACGCCCCCGCCGCCGAGGAGUACCCUUGCCGAUAUGACACUGAUCAGAGUAAAGUGAAACUUUUCUCCCAUGUGACCCAGCUGGGCGAACAUAAAACAAUGGUCACCAUGGAGUCCAGAUGCAGAGCCAUAUAAAUAUAUGCAGCACAAUUUUGGGCGGCGAUUCAUUCAUUCGGUCCUUUUUUUGGUUAACAUCUCUUGCAUAUAUGUUUGAAUUUUAAUUCCCAUGGCAUACAUUUCUACUUUUUAAACCCAAAAUUGAUACGGAAUAGUAUACAAUAAUAUUGUUGAAUCAAAAAAUUGACUCCACUCUUAGUACUUCUCGGUCCGCCACUAUAUUAAAUUCCAUAAAAUAUGUAUGGAUUAAAGGAUAUGUUAGGGG